UUAUUAUAAAAGAUAUCAUGUCUAAAGUAAAUACAUUGUACAAUUACUUCACGUCACCGAAAACUCCGAAACAAACGAAUAACAAACCGGUACCGGCUGAAAAACCUUCAACACCGAAAAGCAGUAAGGAACAAAAGAACAAAGCCAAAACUCCAAGCAAAGGGAAAGAAAAUAAGAAUGUUGAGGAUAGAAAAAGAGUUUACAAAGAAGAUGACGAGAAUGAAGAAGAAGAAAAUGAACCAGUUAGACCAAAGAAACGAAGGUUAAUUAUUCCUGAUGUUGAUUCUGGAGAUGAUACUGGGGAUGAGUUCAAGCCUGAGAAUGAAUCAGAAGAGUCUGAUUCUGGAUCUGAAGGAGUUACUGAAAGUGAACCAGAGACUGUAAGCGAAGAAGAAUCACCAGAGAAAAAAAGAAAAGUUUCUAAUAAUAGUAGAGGUAGGCAGGGAGCAAGGACAAAAAAGAAUGGUAAAGAAGAUAAGAAGGAGUCAAAACUGUCUCAACAAAAUCAAACACAGAGUUCAAACAAUGUUGUGGAAUCUUGGCCACAUUUAAAAUAUGAUUUCUUGCAACCAAAUAAGAUACGGGACAUCAAUAGAAAACCUUUGAGUGAUCCAGACUAUGAUCCUAAAACUGUUUAUGUUCCCCAGGACUUUUUGAAUCAGCAGACUCCGGCAAUGAGGCAGUGGUGGGAAUUGAAAAGUAAACAUUACGAUUGCGUUCUUUUCUUUAAAGUAGGAAAGUUUUAUGAAUUGUACCACAUGGACGCUGUUGUUGGGGUCAAUGAACUUAAUCUGACAUAUAUGAGGGGUGAAUUUGCACACUCUGGGUUUCCUGAAAUCGGCUACGGUCGUUUCUCUGCAAGUCUUAUAGAGAAAGGAUAUAAAGUAGCCAGGGUAGAGCAAACUGAGAACCCAGAAAUGAUGGCACAACGUUGUAGUAAAAUGCACAGACCAACAAAAUUCGAUAAAGUUGUUAAAAGGGAAAUUUGUCAGAUAAGUACCAGGGGUACAAGAGCAUACACUGCAUUGGAUGUAGAAGCAUCAACGCCGAAUUCCAAUUACCUUUUAUCGCUUAUUGAGAAAUGCCAAUCUGGUUCAAACACGUCCCAUUACGGAGUUUGCUUUUUGGACACUACGAUAGGAGAUUUUUACCUUGGACAAUUUGAAGACGAUCGUUGCAGUUCUAGGCUGUUGACUUUACUUGCUCACUAUCCACCUGUUCACGUCGUGUACGAACGUGGAAAUUUAUCUCAAAAGACAUUGAAAAUCUUAGACAAUACUUUAGCGGCAUGUAUGAAAGAACCUCUGUUACGCGAAUCACAAUUUUGGUCUUCCUCGACUACGUUGAAAAAUCUUCAUGAAGGAGACUAUUUCAAAAAAUCAGACUCAGAAUUUUCAUGGCCUGAAGGUUUACGACCAUACCUUAAUGAGGGAGACAGUUUAGGUUUAACUCCAGCUGAUGAUAAAGAGCUAGCAGUACACGCUCUAGGAGGAUGCAUAUAUUUGCUUAAAGACUAUUUCCUGGAACAACAAUUACUGGCACAAGGUCGAUUCAAGUCCUACACUCCACCAGAUUUCUUAGAGGAUGGCAGCUCUACGUCUUCUAAGUUUGCGAAUAAUAUGAUCCUAGACGCAAUCACUAUUAACAACUUGAGAAUUUUCGGUGACGGAUCUUUAAUGAAAACGCUAGAUCGUUGUUGCACCGCUUUUGGAAAAAGGUUGUUACGUGAAUGGAUAUGUAGACCAUCCUGUCGGAAAAACGUCAUACUUGAGCGUCAGGAAGCCAUACAAGAAUUAAUGGAUCAUUCAGAAACUGUACAGUCUGCACGUAGUAUGCUAGCUACUCUCCCUGAUCUUGAAAGACUAUUGAGCAAGAUACACGCUCAAGGAAAUGCAGCACGAUUAAAUAAUCAUCCUGAUGGCAGAGCAAUUAUGUUCGAGGGUCAAACCUAUUCUAAAAGGAAAAUUUUAGAUUUCACUACUACACUCAACGGCUUCGAGGAAGCAUUAAAAAUAGUUGCUUUAUUUGAAGAUUUUAAUACCGCUUUAAUUACGAGGUGCACUAAAAUUGAACCGGAUGGCGAAUUUCCUUCAUUAAGAGAGACUCUAGAUUAUUUCAAGACUGCUUUCGACCAUGAAGAGGCCAAAAAAGUAGGUUGUAUCGUACCAAAAAAAGGAGUCGAUGCCGAAUAUGAUUCUGUUUUAAUGGAACUAUCAGAUGUAAAGAAAGACGCGGAACAGUAUCUUGAAAAGCAGAAACAACAUUUUGGUGUGAAAGUUACGUUUUUCGGAAGCGAUAAGAAACGUUACCAGAUUGAAAUCCCUGACUCCCAAGUCAAGAAAGUUGGAUCAGGAUAUGAAUUAACGUCGCAGAGGAAAGGAUAUAAGCGUUAUUACACCGCUGAGGCAAAGGAACUCUUAAGCCGACAAAUAGCUGCCGAGGAACAUAAAGAUAAAGUAUUAAAGGACUUGAACAGGAGAAUAUUUGCGCAAUUUAGCGAGAAAUAUGACAUGUGGAGUGCAGCUGUUUACAAAUUGUCCAUCUUGGACGUACUCAUUUCGUUAGCAGAGUAUGCUCUCAGCGGUGACAUGUGUGUACCAGAAAUUGUUAGCGAUACAGAUGGAGAGAUAUUUAUUGAAAUUCGAGAUGGACGGCAUCCGUGCAUUCUUUCGGACUCCUUCAUACCAAAUGAUACUUUAUUGGGAAUUGGAGAUUCUGCUUCUUUCAUGAUCUUAACUGGACCAAAUAUGGGUGGUAAAUCAACACUUAUGCGUCAGGUUGCGCUUCUUACAAUAAUGACACAAAUUGGAAGUUACGUCCCUGCAUCCUCUUGUCGUUUAACGCUGGUAGACCGUAUAUUCACGAGACUGGGAGCGAACGAUGAUAUUCUGGCUGGUCAGAGUACAUUCUUAGUAGAGCUAAGUGAAACUGCAGCAAUAUUGCAACACGCUACACCGUACUCGUUGGUUUUGCUCGACGAGUUAGGACGUGGUACAUCGACGUAUGAUGGAACUGCGAUAGCCGCUUCGGUUGUGGAUGCGCUUACAAAAUUAAAAUGUCGUACAUUAUUCUCAACGCAUUACCAUUCUUUAGUGGAAGACUACAAAAACAAGAAGGACAUUACAUUAGCUCAUAUGGCGUGUAUGGUAGAAAACGAGGAAGAGGGUGAAGUAUCUCAGGAAACGGUGACGUUCUUGUACAAACUUAGCGAAGGAGCUUGUCCGAAGUCUUACGGUUUUAAUGCCGCUCGACUGGCCGGAGUGCCGCUUGUAAUUACAAAUAGGGGACAUGAAAUAUCAAAGAAACUGGAGAAGGAAACGAAUCAGAAGCAGUUGUUCGCUGCUUUGUGCAAAGCAAAUGGAUCAGCGAUAAAGGAACUCAUUGCUGUCAUAUGAAAUACUUAAAAACUCGCGACGAAGGGCAUGUUAAGUUUCUACUCAUAAUCGUAUUGCAGUAUUACAUAUUUAUAUUUAUUUUUUUCGUUGUAGCUACCGGCAUUGUUUAAUACCAUUAUACAUAUAUUUUGAUAAUAAAAUCGUCCACAGCAAUUCAUCUGCAUUUUUAAUUUAUUAUUAAAUAAGGAGGGGAAUAAAACAACAGGAUUUUGUUGCUUACAAAAUUUUAUUAAUUAAUGCCAGAGUACAAAAAGGCUACUUAUGAGACGAGAACACGAAUGCGAUACAAACAAUGUAUUGUAAUUUUACUCACACCAAAACGAGAUAAAGAAAUAAUUUUCGUUAUCUCUUCAUUUUCCAAACACAAGAGAGAAACAGUGUGCAACGAGAGUCUUGUUCCUUGAAACAAGAAAUACAAUUUCUUAUACGUUAUCUCGUGACAAAAACAAGGAAAACAAAGCAAGUGUAAUGACGACUACAAACGAAUAACUGUUAAACCUUUCGACAAGAUUACAUGGUAUCUCGUUUAGACGGGGCCGUAGAUGAUACAGCGAUAAAUAGGAUCGGUAAAAUCGAUUAUUUGCGUGUGCAAUUAAUUUCCUACGAUACAAUUAGUAAAAACUAAUAGUCUUUUUUUCCGCAAGUACGUAAUGACGCAGAGAAGCCGUAUUUUGCUAGAACAUACGAAGAAAAUUAAGACAAAAGAAAAAGAAGAAAAA